AUGCACCUCGCAGCUCUGGCUACCGGCCUGAGCCUCUUAGCUACUGUUGUUUCAGCGGUGCCUCAUAGACUCAAAGCCAAUCGGCGUGCACCUGGCGCCCAGAACGUUGUAUACUGGGGUCAGAAUGGAGGUGGCACCGUUGAAAACAACGAUUUGUCCACGUACUGCAUGUCGACUGCUGGCAUCGAUGUCAUCGUGCUCGCCUUCCUAUACGAAUACGGCAACGGCAACGAGAUUGCGUCUGGCAUUAUUGGCCAGUCUUGCUCUAUCUCGACAUCCGGCGAGCCCUCGCAGUGCGAUGCCCUAGCGGCCGCUAUUAGCACAUGCCAGGCUAAUGGCGUCAAAGUUAUCCUUUCACUCGGUGGAGCCAUUGGUGCAUACUCUUUAUCUUCACAGCAGGAGGCUGAAACUAUCGGCCAAAACCUCUGGGAUGCAUAUGGCAAAACUAGCAACGGUAGCAUUCCUCGACCUUUUGGCAGCACCUUCGUGAAUGGCUGGGAUUUCGAUAUCGAGGCUUCCAGUGGUAAUCAGUACUACCAGUAUUUGAUUAGCACGCUUCGGUCUAACUUCGUAUCUGACCCUUCUAACAACUACUACAUCACGGGUGCGCCACAGUGUCCGAUCCCAGAGCCUAACAUGCAGCAAAUUAUUGUAAACUCUCAGUUUGAUUACCUCUGGGUCCAGUUUUAUAACAACCCUGGCUGCUCUCUUAACGGCGCAAUCAACUACGACGCAUGGGUCUCGAACGUCGCUGGAACGCCGUCGUCCAAUGCCAAAAUCUUCAUUGGUGUGCCUGCCGCACCGGAUGGCGCCACAGGAACCGCUAGCGGUGCACAAUACUACCUCGAACCAAGCGCCCUUGCCACUUUGGUCGGUAACUACGGCUCCAAUCCCGCAUUUGGUGGAAUCAUGAUGUGGUCUGCAGGAUUCUCCGACUCCAAUGUCAAUAACGGAUGCACUUAUGCCCAGGAGGCUAAGCGUAUUCUGACCACUGGCUCGCCUUGCUAG